UGACGUCUGCCAGUGUGACUGUGAUCUUCCUUCCAUUGAGACACUCGACUUUGAACAUGGUAGAAACCCGAGCCAAUGCUAUGGUGAUUCAAAUGCUACGACUCCAUCAGGUGGUCCAAAUACUCCUCUCCUCCCGGAGCAGCCGACGCGUCGUCCAUGUGGAGGCGUAGAGGGAAGCGAUUGCAGUAUUUUCGGACUACAAGACGACGACGGAACUGGUUUUUGUGACACGGGCUACAAACAUAAAUGUGUCGCCAUACCUUCGUCUUCCACGUUCACUCCUGAUGGUGUAAACACAUUGAACGUUAUGACGUAUAACAUAAAUGAGAGAGAUUUUGCUAAUUCACACGAUGGUCAGGUAGAAAGGACGUGCAGGAUACCAAAAAUGAUUGCCGAGAAAUUCAACACCAUUGAUUUAGUCGUAUUUCAGGAGGCGUUCAUGGGUGGCUGUUGGCCAGACAUCAACAUGAGAGAACUGAUAAACUUCAACGGCUUCCCAUACAUUACUGGUUUCGGAGAUAUCAAACAAUAUAGAAAUGGGGGCAUCUUUAUCGCGUCGAGAUGGCCCAUUGAUAUGGUUCAAUCUAGAUUCCAAUUGUAUGAUUAUAGGGCAUAUGCUAAUUUUACUGGGGAUGAGUUAUCGAAUAUGGGUUUUG